CGAUCAACACCCAUUCUUUUACUUGUUCUAAGUUCCAUCCAGGAAUUCCUUGAAUCAGACAUAUUUUUUGGAUCAUAUACAAUCUGGGUUUUGAUGAAAACGGCAAAUGAUGGAGAAUUUCUAUAUGGGGGUUGAUGAUCUUUCAUUUUUCAGGGAGAAUUCUGUUGUGGGUUGUUCUUGUUUCUGUGAGAGUUAAAUGCUUUUGAAGAAAAAGAGGGUGGUGUUUUGUUGGUUCUCUGGUCUCGAGUUCUCGAAGUUGACAAGGUUUAUAGGGAUAGUCACUUAUCGAAUUGGACGUUUAGGUUGUAAUUCUGUUGUGGGUUGUUUUUGUUUUGGCUAAACGGUUCUCUGCAGAGAGAGAAAAGGGUUGCUUCCAUUUCUGUGACUCUCCUACCUCGAGAAAAGGGAGGCUUCUUCACAUUAUAACCAAUUAUUUUGGAUAUAGUUUUGGAAAUUCGGUUGGGGUUAUUCGUUAUUUGAUGAUGAAGAAGACAUUUUUACACAGAGAAGCAGAGGAUUUUCACAAUAUGGCUUCUUAUGCUAUUAGUAAAUCUUAAGGGACUUCUACAGAGAAGAGACCAGAAUCUUCUCUAAUAAUAAUCUGUAACCUGUGGAAAUCAUGAGAUUUCUGAACAUCAUGGGUAAUUCUUUUGGGUGCUCUGCUUCUGGGGAGCGCCUGGUUUCUGCUGCGAGAGAUGGGGAUCUUCAGGAAGCCAAGGCCUUAUUGGAAUAUAAUCCGCGCCUAGCGAGGUACUCGACUAUUGGUGUUCGGAAUUCUCCCCUCCAUUACUCUGCAGCUCAAGGCCACCAUGAGAUUGUCUCUCUCUUGCUUGAAUCCGGAGUUGAUAUUAAUCUCAGGAAUUACCGUGGCCAGACUGCUUUGAUGCAAGCUUGUCAACAUGGUCACUGGGAGGUUGUUCAGACUCUCAUGAUUUUCAAAGCCAAUAUUUGCAGAGUAGACUAUCUAAAUGGGGGUACAGCACUCCAUUUUGCUGCCUUAAAUGGGCAUUCCCGAUGCAUUAGGCUCCUCCUUGUGGAUUACAUUCCCAACAUUCCUGAUGUGUGGAAUAUCCUAAGGAAAAGAUCUGCUAAACAAGAAUCCACAGAAGAAUUUGAUGAAGGUGCCCUCAACAAAAUAAUAAAUACACCUGCCGAUGGAGGUAUCACUGCCCUUCAUAUGGCAGCCCUAAAUGGACAUGUGGAGACUGUACAAUUGCUCUUAGACUUAGGUGCCUGCAUUUCAGAGGUUACUGUGGAAGAUGGUACAACAAUUGAUCUGAUUGGUGCCGGAAGCACACCACUUCAUUAUGCUGCCUGUGGUGGAAAUAUGAAAUGUUGCCAAGUUUUGAUUGCCAGGGGUGCCAGCCUAACUGCUGAAAAUGCAAAUGGAUUGACACCCUUCAUGGUUGCUCGGUCGUGGCAUAGAGACUGGCUUGAGGGAAUUUUAAGUGUACGGCCACAAGGCCAGCCCCAAGUUCCUCCUUCACCAUUCCUCUCUCUUCCCCUUAUGAGCAUUGUCAAAAUUGCAAGAGAAUUUGGAUGGAGGAACAAUAAUUCAGUAAUCACAUGCCUGGAUCCAUGUGCUGUUUGUUUGGAGAGGAAAUGCACGGUAGCUGCAGAAGGUUGUGGCCAUGAGUUCUGCACUCGUUGUGCUUUGUAUCUCUGUUCCACCAACAGCACCUCGACUGCCACAAAUGGCCCUCCAGGUUCCAUUGCAUGUCCUCUCUGCCGGCAUGGCAUAGUUUCUUUUGUCAAGCUUCCAGGCAAUACCCCAAGAAUCAAAGAAAUAGCUAGGACGAGCUUAUCUUUGACUUUUUGUGCCUGCUCGACUGAAAAAUCAGAGCCCACUUCAAUCUCAACCCCCUUCUGCAAGGCAGACUACCAUUGUGCCCGUAUUUCACCUAUUGGAUCCUCCUCCUUCCGGAACCUCAGCUGCCAGAAUUUCCCAUUGGUAAAGCUCAACUCAAGCUUUUGCAUGGGAGCUCCAGACACUAGUCCUUCCCUAGUUCCUAGUGACGCCAGACGGAACCUGCGGAAUCACUUGUGCAAGUGUUCAAGAUCAAGCUUACGAAGAUCAGCUUCACACCAUGAGAGUAGAAGGUCUUGGCUCUCUGCACUCAAUAUGUAGCCACUGGUGGGUAUUAAAAUUUUUUGUGCUGGAGUGUUCUUUCAUUAUUAGAAGUCCAUAAUGAGUUGAUAAUGUAAAUACAUCAAUAUCUACUUCCAUGUAAUACAAACUGAUUUAGCCACACAUAUUCUUUGAACUCUUGGAACUUGUACUGAAUUGGUACUGCUUUACAGUGUU